UGAGACAUAAACUUGAUAAUGUUAUGUGUUUAGAGCACACACUGGGAAAGCCUGUGGAUCUUGUCUUCCACUUUGUCUGAUCCAACUCUGUCAGUCAUGGUUGCAGUCGGCAGGGAUGCAGCUUUACCUUGGGUGUCACAGUGGGACACAGUCAACUGUUAAUUUGACAAAGGCACAGCAGUCAGAGAGCGAGUUUAAUCCAAACCUGUUGAAGUCAGUUGAGAAGUCUUUUGAAGCUGCAGGACGCUGGUUUAAGAGAAGUUAAUAAUGGCUGAUAAUCAUGGCAACCACUUCAAUGCCUCAAUGGUGACAAAGGCACACUGGAAGAAACCCAGCCAUACUCCAGAUUUAUUUGCAAUGAUUGAAAAGAUACAGGGCAAAAGGAUGGAUGAGCAGAGGUGCACCUUUCCUCCCCCACUCAAGACAGAGGAGGACUACAUUCCAUACCCAAGUGUCCAUGAGGUGUUGGGCAGAAAAAGCCCCUUUCCUCUCAUCCUCCUCCCGCAGUUUGGGGGUUACUGGAUCGAGGGGACUAACCAUGAGAUGAGUGACACAGUGGAAACAGAACAGCCGCAGCCUCAGUCUCCGAACAACCGCACCAAGCUGGAAUGUAACACAACAGCUACGAUCUUCCGGAAACACUUCCUGGGAAAGGAACAUUUUAAUUACUAUUCAGUGGACAGCGCCCUUGGACAUCUGGUGUUCUCUCUAAAGUACGAUGUGAUUGGUGACCAGGAACAUCUCCGUCUGAUGCUCAGGACCAAGCUGAAAACCUACCAUGAUGUGAUCCCCAUUUCCUGUCUGACAGAGUUUCCCAAUGUGGUCCAAAUGGCCAAGCUGGUCUGUGAAGAGGUCAAUGUGGACCGCUUUUUUCCUGUCCUUUAUCCAAAAGCUUCAAGACUUAUUGUCACUUUCGAUGAACAUGUGAUAAGCAACAAUUUCAAGUUUGGGGUCAUUUAUCAAAAGUUUGGACAGACUUCAGAGGAAGAGCUCUUUGGCAACAGUGAAGAGAGUCCUGCCUUUGUAGAAUUCCUGGAGUUUCUAGGAGAGAAAAUUGAGCUGCACAACUUUAAAGGUUUCCGCGGAGGGUUAGACGUGACUCACGGGCAGACUGGCGCUGAAUCUGUCUACUGCAACUACCGUAACAAAGAGGUCAUGUUCCACGUGUCCACAAAGCUGCCUUACACAGAUGGGGACACCCAGCAGUUGCAGAGAAAGAGGCACAUAGGGAACGACAUUGUGGCCAUCUUAUUCCAAGAGGAAAACACUCCCUUUGUACCGGACAUGAUCGCCUCCAACUUUCUCCACGCCUACAUUGUGGUCCAAGUGGUCAACCCCUGCUCUGACAAUGUUCUCUACAAGGUGUCGGUGACAGCACGGGAUGAUGUACCUUUCUUUGGCCCGGCCCUCCCAAACCCUGCUGUCUUUAAAAAAAGCCCUGAAUUUCAUGAAUUCCUAUUUACGAAGCUCAUCAAUGCAGAGUAUGCCUGCUGCAAAGCAGAGAAAUUUUCCAAAUUAGAGGAACGAACGAGGUCGGCCUUGUUAGAGACCCUUUAUGAGGAGCUCCAUGUGAACAGUCAGGCCAUGAUGGGUGUCGGAGGAGACGACGACAAGCUGGAAAAUGGGAGUGCAGGAGGAGGGGGCUUCUUUGAGUCCUUCAAGCGGGUGAUCCGCAGCAGGAGCCAGUCUAUGGAUGCCACGGGUCUUACUUUCAAGAAGCCGCACACAUUCUCCACUAGCUUCAACAGCAGCUUUAACCACGAGCCCGCAGAGAGCCCCAAAUUCCCAGGGAUAUCAUUGCUUGUCCCAGGCAAAAGUCCCAGUAAAUAUGGACGUCGAGGCAGUGCCAUAGGGAUAGGAACAGUAGAAGAGUCUUUGAUUGUCCCAGGGAAAAGCCCAACCAGGAAAAAGUCUGGUCCUUUCAGCUCCAGGCGAAGCAGUGCCAUCGGUAUUGAAAACAUCCAAGAAGUCCAUGAGAAGAGUCGAGAGAGCUCCCCAAAUACACAGAAGACCCCUGACAGCGGUCACGUCUCUCAAGACCCCAAAUCUGACAACUCGUCCAAUCAGAGCUCCCCCGAGGUGCUUACAACCACCAAGAACAAUUCUUAUCUCGGUGGCAGGGCCCCAUCCAUCCCCGAGGGUCAUGACCUCUCCCGCUCCUCCUCCAACGCUAGUAGCUUCGCCAGUGUGGUGGAGGAGAACGAGACAGAGGCCACAGAGGACUAUGACACAGGCAUGGAGAGUCUGUCGUCUGCCGGGACGCCACACAAGCGAGACUCCUUCAUCUACAACACCUGGCUAGAGGACAACAUCAGCAGCACCUGUACCAGCGGUCAUGGUAGCUCCCCAGGUGAGACAGGGCCUGGGAAACCUGAACGAGGGAAGGGGACGGAUGUCCGUAUAAAAUUGGAACGACCACACGACCAUCAGUCCUCAUCGAACUGUUAACUCCACCCAUCUGGUUGUAUCCUGGAUCUCCAUCUUCAGCAUUCCCAUAAGUCACAAUCCCACUGGGAGGUGAGACAAGUGCAGGCGUUCGCCAUGACCAAUGAUGAUGAGGACGAAGAUGAGGAAGAUGAGGAAGAUGAGGAAGAAUAGACAAAGCAGGUGGAGCUUGGCCAGUCUGCUGCUGAGUGAGGGCCAGAGUGCAGCAUAUCCAGAAACCUGGAGGACACUGGGGAGGAUGACGCACAAGGAGGGGCCAGCUUUUGCACAGUGUUGUUGCCUUCCACUCUUUUCUUUGCCUGUUCUGUUGCCUACAUGUAGUUGUAUGUUUUUCUUUCCCACACCUUUUGUUUCAAAAGUGCACAUUUUCUAUCUACAAAUUCCAUGGUUUUAUUUGUAAAAGAUAUCACUGUGGUUUAGUUUGUCUUGUUGAAGCCCAGGUUUGCUGGCCAUACAGGGUAAAGACAGUGCCAUUGAGCUCUCUAUAGAGAUUCUGAGAAGGACUUCCGCUGAAACAUAGAGAAGAUAAUUGCCUGGAUGGUUUCACCAAAUCAACAAAGGUUUCGGCUCAAUAAAGAUCUCUAAUGUAUACAUAAUAUAAAAUAUUCAACAUCAAAGUUGGGUAUAUUCUAACAGAACAUCUAAUGGGAUAUAGAAUUCUUCUUUUGCAUGCUGUUGACUGUGAUUAUUUUCUGGGUAAAAUAGGAAAAAUAGGACUGUAUAACUGCAGCAAAACAAUUGUACUCUUUCCUUUAUGACCCAAAUCUCAACAAGAUUAAAUUUCAAACUUGACACUACAGGUCAAAGUGAAGAGAGCAAUGUAUCAUAGAUAACAUGGCCUUAUAACUUAAACGUCCCUCAUUUUACCUCACUUGUUUGACUGUGUGUUCUGCAGCCAAUAAUGGGAUUGCACUAUGAGAUUAACUGUAAAACUAAUAUAUAUAUAUAU